AUGUCGACCACUAUGGAUGAGCAGCCAGGCGACGAUGGCUUUGCCGGCAGCAGACGGCAAGGCCCAUGGCUUCUUGCUUCGAACCGCAAGCUGAGACACCUUCAAGGCAUUGCCGUCCGCAAUCUCGUGGUUUCUGGUCCUCAAUCGAAUAGGAUACGUGGGAUGACAAUAGACGAUCAGAGUGUUCCCUAUACUCUACAAUCUCCAACUAGAACCCUUGUGGUGCGAGAAAACCGGACCGUCCAUCACUCGCGAUCUACUACCGACCUAAAGCUACCUCGGUCUCCUCCCAGCUUAAACCCUACAGCCAGUGAUACUAGAAAUGAUAGCAAAGAAGAGCUUUAUAUGCGGCGGAGGAGAAGUACGCUACCAUGGGCCGGGGCGAGCCCAGGAAUACGACAAUCUCGGCUGGAACAGAUUGCCAGCAGCAAGAUGGCAGACACUUGGUUCUCACUGCACUGUGAAGGCAUUCCGGAGCCUGUUUAUAUCAGUGAGCUCGUGGAGAACGCCAUGAAUCCUAGCUUUAGACAUUUUGAUCUAAAUACAUGUGGCCCCGUGGUCUCACGGUUGGACAAAGCCACCGUCAAGCUCUGGGCUUGUACGAGUCAACUUCCAGAGUACUUCUUGCUCUUGGAGCUUCGAGUGAAUUUCAAGUCGCUGCAGUACAUCGGAAAACAUCUGGAAAAUUUUCGGCAUCCAUUCCCUCCGAACUGCGUCAUCUUUCAUUUUUCUGAUGGCAUAUACGCAAGUCUGACGGAUGCUCCCCCGCUUGACCGGUCUCCGUCAACCCAGCCACAAACGAGUGAGACACCGAGAGACGAACGGCAGCAGACGUCAUCAUACGACGCUCUUAUGAAGUUGGCAAACUUUGAUGACUGUAUCCAGGAUGCUUUGGUCACUAGAGAAAGCCUGGAGCAUCAGAUAAACUCCAUUCUAGAAGGAAAUCAGACGCAGCUCGACGUUUCAAGCCGGAGUUCUGAGGCUCAAGAAAGACUCGCAGCCGUCAAACGUGCUGUUACCGGAGAGAAAAGCCGUCUUCGACAAUCCCUUGGCCAAAAGGACAGUAUGAUCAAGAGCUUAGAGACACGAAGACAAGCUAUGGUAGAAGGUCGUCUCAGCCAAGACAAUAGCUUAACCUACCUUGCUGAUGCUCGAGAGGCAAAAGAAUCCAGCCAAACCCUUUUGAAGAAAACAGCUGAAGAGUCGAUGGGGCAAAUCCGUCGUAUAUGCGAGGACCUGCUUGCCACAUAUCCUAUAGAACCAAUUCAUAAUAUACCUCUUGGGUUCACUAUCAGGGGCCUUGCUCUCCCGAAUUCCUGCUUUGACGACAUUGACAAGGAAGCGGUUGCGGGGGCGUUGGGAUAUACAUCACACGUGGUAUACCUCCUCUCGUUUUAUCUUUCAGUGCCCCUUCCUUACCCCGUCCGGCCAUAUCUCUCGACCUCGACCAUCCAGGACCCCAUAUCAGUUGGCCUUGCUCAACGGACGUUUCCGCUAUAUCCGGCAAACACCCAAUAUAGAUUCGAGUAUGCUGUGUUCCUGCUUAACAAAAACAUAGAAUACCUGAUGAAUCGGCUCGGUCUAAGGGUCCUUGAUAUCCGUCAUACGCUCCCCAAUCUCAAGUAUCUACUGUAUAUGCUGACAGCAGGGACAAACGAGCUCCCGGCAAGAAAGGCAGGCGGUAUUCGCGGCCUGCUCGUUGGACGAUUAACACCCAGCUUGUCUCGUCAAGUAAGCCGUGAUAGCCUGGCAAGCAUCGAUACGACGAUGACCAUUCGCCAGAAAAAAUUCCUCCCUUCGCCAGCUAAUAAUUACCUUUCCUCUCAUUCUCACAAUUCUCACCCUCCAUCACACUCAGCGAUAUCAACUUCCAAAUACAACUUCAUCUCCGCCUCUGCUGCCCAGCCAAGCAUCGGCCACAUGCAGAAAGACCUGGGGCCAGUACAUAACGACCAGGUUGGUGCAUCGAUGCCCGUCGCCACACCCGUCACCUCCAGCAAUGAACGAGAAUAG